AUGCAGUUCCAACUUGCUCAGUCAUCAAUCAUCUGUUUGUAUUUAUCAGGAUUAUUUAAAUAUGCGUCCUGUAUUGACUAUGACGGGUGGUUAAACAUCAAAAUAGAGCACUCAAUUAAUUGCAAAAGUGAAAAAUACUGUUCGAGAGGCAAUAUUUCACUAAAGAGUAUUCGUGCAGGUGCAGGGGCAAUAAUAGAUCAAGAACCACUUAGUAAAGACCAUAUCAAAGAGUUAAAGGACUUGGCUGAAAUUGAUGGGUUUUACACAGUGAGGACAGUAGUCACAUCUGGAGAAAACAGUAAAGGAACAGAAUUCCUCUCAUCAGUGAAAGCUGGUUCUUUUCUGGCCAAUGAUUUCUCUGAUGUGAUAAAUGCUUGGGUACUACCUAAUGGAGCUGUAAUUGCUGUCAGUUUUCAAGUUAAUAACUCUUCUCAACUUUUACAAAAACAGAGCAAUGGCCACAAAAUAAAUUCUAGCUUCUAUCUUCGUUAUGUUGAGCAGGCUCCAGUGCCUGACACAGCUUCAUACAUUCAAAAAUUGGAACGUGAAAAGGAAGCUAGAGAAAAAGGGGAAUUGAAGGACAACAGGUCCUUUCUAGCCAAAUAUUGGAUGUACAUAGUACCUAUUGCAAUAUUCGUUAUGAUCUCUGGAGCAGCCAAUCCAGAACCAGCUGCUCAAGGCGCUCGAUAA